ACGUGCUGGGGCCCGCGCUUGCGGCGUACUGCCGAGCGCUGCCUAAGGUGGAGCUGCACGCGCACAUCCACGGGUCGAUCCGGCCGUCGACGCUCGCGCAGGUUCUUCAGGAUGAAGCGCAGCGCAACGGCACGCAGCCGCUGCAGCUGCCCAGGAACCGCAGCCUCGAGGAGUGCUUCGAGAUGUUCGGGCUGAUCCACCAAGUGGUCGUGAGUCGACGCGUGCUGCGCAGGAUCGUCAUCGAAGCGGUGGAGGACUUUGCGGCCGAGAACGUCAAGUACCUGGAGCUGCGGUCGACCCCCAGAGACCUGCCGCAGGAUGGAGCUACGCGCGCAGACUACGUGGACGAAGUGGUGUCGGCGCUCGAUGAGUGCCGUGCGCGGAAGGAUCUGGACAUUGAAGUGCGACUGCUGCUGAGUAUUAAUCGCAACCAGUCGCUGCUCUUGGCGGAAGACACGGUGGACAUGGCGCUUGAGCGCAAGAACAAGCAGAACUGUCCGUUCAUCGUGGGCAUCGACCUCAGCGGCAACUCAGAGCGCCCCGAAUCCGAGUUUUUCCGCUUCGAGCACGUGCUGGAGCGAGCACGAGCUGGCGGCCUCAAGCUGGCAGUGCACUUCGCCGAGCACUUCGACGACGACGAGUCCGACCGGAUCCUCAGCUUCCGGCCGGACCGCCUGGGCCAUGCCUGCUGCUUACCAGAGCCGCUGUACGCCAAGAUGCUGGCGCUGCGGAUCCCCGUGGAGGUCUGUCUGACCUCCAACGUGCACACAUUGGCCAGAUACCGCAAUGACGGAGACUGCACAUGCUCAGCGGAGGAGAAGCACGAGGCCUCGGGACUGUGCGUGUGCGGCUUCACCUCGCACCCGCACGGCAAGCUGCUCGCGAACGAGCGCGGUGAAGAGCAGCAGGAAGUCUACCCCAUGUGUAUCUGCACGGACGACUACGGCGUGCUGGACACGACCCUGUCGACCGAGUACGUGCGCGCCGCUCAGGCAUUCGCGCUUAGCGAGGAGCGAAUUCUAGAUAUCGCGCGAGCAUCCAUCGACUCCAUCUUCGACCAGAGCCAGGUGCCUAGGCUGAGGGCUCUGUUCGCCCGGAACGCAUUGCAGUAGGCUUCUUGGGUCACAUUUGCGUCAUCAGCGGGACUAAAUCGAAUCGCGGACAAAUAGAGACUCGUCACAAUUUCUUCGGCGCCUACGAUGCGAUCGCACCUGUUGUUCUUCUUCGUCCUCGCUCUUGCUGCUGCUGUGAAUGCUGCCACCGCGAGUGAGUCAACCAACGCGACCGACGCCGCGGCUGCGCUAGUCUACGACAUCCCGGAGUGCACUACCAACCAGCUGAAUAUUGGUGAAGCCAUCUUAACCACCGAGCCCAACACACUGCGCUGCGAGGACAAGUUCGACAUCAAGUCCGGCAUGCUGCUGCAGUCCGCCGACGUGGCCGACGAGCUGUGCAGCCAGCAGAGCUGCCUCAACGCGCUGCGCACGCUGUACGCAAUGCUGCCCAACUGCCGCUACGAGCUCUGGGGGCUCAAGUACUCGGCCUCCAAGUUCCUCAACCACUGCGGCAUCGCCACGAACGCCUCGACCACCACAUAGCGCAGCUUCAAGCCACGGCACCGCAACAAGACUUUGCUCGCUCCUCGUCUCAUUGGCAUCCCCGACCGCUCCGCAGCUGUCCAUGUCCCUGCCGAUUGCCCUUCAAAUAGUCGCGACCAUUUUUUAAGUGUGGGUAAAAAGCGUGCCGACUCUUUCAUUUGGCCUUUGCCCAACGCCUGCCCGCGUCUCCCUCGCUCCACAGUAACAGCGAUGCGAACCUUCACGCCCGUGCUGCUGCUCGCCGCCGCCGCCGCCGUUGCCUCGGCGCAGUCCAGCUCGACGUCCGCGCUAUCGUCCGCGUCCGCGUCGCGCUCGUCCUCCCUCUCGGCGGACCUCGAGGCCAUCCCGGAGUGCAACUCGACGCAGCUGAACGACGCCGAGGCCAUCCUGACCUCCAACGAGCGCGAGGCGCAGUGCGAGUCGGCGCUGGGCCUCCAGUCCGGCACGAUGCUGCAGGUGACGACGGCGCAGGCCGACGAGAUGUGCGACACGACGUCCUGCAAGGCCGCGCUGCAGGAGCUGUACAACGAGCUGCCCAACUGCCGCUACAACCUCUGGGGCCUGCAGUACUCGGCCAAGAAGCUCCUCAACUACUGCGGCAUCACGGCCACCAACACGACCGAGUCGAGCUCGGAGUCCUCUGGAUCCGUCGGCUGGAGCGUCACCUCGAGCUCCGCCUCAUUCGCGGCGGCGGGGGCGACGGACGCCCCCUCGACUGCCAGCAGCACGACCACCGACAGCUCCGCCGGCUCAAGCGCUGCGUCUACUACCGCCACGGUUUCCGCCGCGUUGGCGGCUACUGCGGGUCUUGUCGCCGCUUUCUUGGCUUAAGCCAGUCAUAGGGGAAAGUUGUGACUGACAAAGUGCAGUGAAGUCGCUGCUUCGUUUCACAUCAAGCCGCUUCAUGUCGGCGACGAACGCGCUGCUGAGUUUUUGGGGUUUUCUAAACAUGAUUCACUUUUAUUGAAGUCUUUGGGGUACUUGGUUGCCAAGAAGCUGUGGCUGUAUUUGAAACUUGUUUGAUGCAGAAAAGAAGUGGAUAAACACCUACCGGUACCUGGAAAGGUCUGGUCUUAUCGCUGCAUCUCGUCGCUCAGUAGCUCCUCCGUAAACUCGAGCGCGUCCAGGACCGACGGCCGCUCCUCCGGGUUUGUGUGCAGCAUAUCGCGGAUGAAGUCACAGAACUCGGCCGUGAACUGUGUGCCACGGUGGUGCACCACGCCGCCUUGCUCUAUGAACGAUAACAAAAAGAUCGUUAGUAUGGUCGAACCGACAUUGGCUCGCUCGCUGCAUGCUUUGUCAAUUGCUGCGAGACUCACCUGGAGGGAAAGACACCCGUCCGUUCAUGCAAGCCAGCUUCAUGAAACCCUGUAUUGUGAAGAAAGAAUUAGUUUUGGAUGGAACCGGCAAACGUUAGCGUGUUCAACAUAAACGCUCCAACUUACCUCGCGCGGGUGCUCGAACGGACUUGUUCCAAAUGCCAUGGUGUACCUGGAUGGGAAGCAAAGGGUCAGCGGAUCAACUUACCAAAGAUGUGCGGGAAAUUAUCGCGCGAUACUUACAACACGCAGCCUAAAGACCACACGUCCGACUGGCCAUCCAGAGCGACGUCAACGGUGGGCUCGAAAAGUUCUGGUGCCCGGUAGGGAGCUGAGCUUUUGCGGUUCGCUUCGUCUUGCAGCUCCAGUGAAUUCCGCCGGGAGCCCACUUCCACGCGGAUUGGAGCGCAGCUUCCAAAGUCUGUCACCACUGGGAUAUAUGCAAGGAAAUCCUCACCCGUGGAUGAAGAGGACAGCAAGAUGUUGUGCGGCUUGAUAUCCCGGUGGCAGAAACCUGCACGGUGCAGUGCCAGCACACCUGAGCAAAUGCCGUGGAAGAGAUGGAGCGCUGUUCGUUGUGUGAACGGCCACAGAGGUGACGACGACUGGCAUGCAGCGUUGAUCGCAUCCCACAAGCUACCGCGCUCGAAAUACGGGACCAAAAAGUAGAACUAAUGUGCGGGAUGCAGGGAGAAUGCGUUAGUUCACAGCUAGCAUUACUCUUCGAUCCAAGAAAACUGGCCGUACCUCCAUCCCUUGUUGGACUCGUGCUUCAGAAAACUCUACCAGCGGCAUAAUAUUGAGAUGCUUGACAGACUAGGUUCAUCACACGAAUACACGCGUUAGUCAAGACGAUGAAAAUUGGCAUGUUACAAUAGAGCAAGAUAGGCCUUACGCGGAAAACUUGCAGCUCCAUUUGUACGUCGUUUUCAACCUCUUGUGAUUGGCAAAGAAUCCGCUUGAGCGCGAAGGUUUCGUUGGUAGCCGAUGAUCGGACCAAAAGCACUUGCGCGUAAGCACCCUCAGCCAGCAGCCGCACCACUUGCACGCUGACGCCUCCAACUUGAAUCGUUUCGCUCUGUCAUCCAUUCAAACAAAAUAUUAGCCCGCGAAACUCACAUCUGCAAUCACUACGUGCACCCACCUUCGAAACAUUGGCACUAGCGCUGGAAAUCGUCGCGCUAAUCGACGACAACAAGGAGCCACCCCACUUCUUGGCUUUCUUCGCGGUUUCCGACGCUCCCUUCUUCGCAUCCUCAAUCGAGAUUUUCUUUGCAAAGUCAUACGCCUGUUCUGUCUGUUUCCGCAAGUAGGCCUGUGCGUCCUUGCCUGCCUCAGCCCAUUCCGACGUAUUCCGUCCACCUGAACUCCCGCUCGAGUCGUAUCGAUCAUCACGGUCAAACCUCGAGCCACGGUCUCCUACGUUCUGGUACCCACUCCCGCCGCUCUGAUAGCUGCUACGGUUCCAGUCGCUCUCGGCCUGCUGUUCCUUGCGCAUCUUCUCACGCGAUGGCGAGCGCACAACCGGCGCCGGCGGCUCUUCAUCUAAAUCAACACCCCAGCACAGAAGCAAUACAAUCAGCUCCCCACUCCUACAGUCCUCUCCAUCUUCAACGUUCCAGUCAAGCAGUACCUUGCGACUCGUACGUCGUCGACUCGAACUCCUCGUAGUCAUCGGGGCGAUGGGUGCGUCGCUCCGCCGUGCUGCUCCCAUAGCUCUCCGUGCGCAGCUUGGUGACCGCAGGGUUUUGCGCCGGAGCGGGCGGGGCCACCGCCUGCCGGGGCUCCUCGUAGUGCACGUACUCGACGCUCGGCUCCUGGUCCAGCGGCGUGAUGCGCGCCAGGAUCUUGCGGCCGCAGAAGGGCACGGCCGACUCCGGGUUCGUCAGGUCCAGAAACGCGCCGUCCUCGCAGCGGAAGGCGAAGUGGAAGCUGCUGCCCAGAGGAAACGCCUUCUGCACGUCCGCGAGGCGCACGCGGCCCCCGGCGGGCGGCAGCGGCAGCACGAAGGCGUUCCAGUUGGUGUCGGGUCCGCGCUGCGGCUUGCUCUCCUGCACGGGCUCGAGCUGCUCGCCCACCAGCUGGUACAGCACGAAGGUCGUCUUGCGUUGCGGCGCCGCCAUCGUCGUCCCGCUCACCGGAUGCACCACUUCCGACGCGCGCAUUCGCCCGCAAGAGGUUUCGGCGGCGUUUUGCACUGGGCAACGGCAUGCGGUGGCUCGCUUUAGGCUAUAUAUAAGUUUUGUAUGCCAAUCGGGAGAGUUGAAGUGAGAAUGCUUAAUUGGAGGUCCGUACAAGGUUCUUGAUCAGUUAAUCAGAAGUGCGACCGAUUCACUCGCGAGCAACAUGAAGCAAGCUUGGGCCGCCGUCGCGGCUAUCAUGGAUAUCCGCCAUUGGUGUUGACACGAUCCGACGCAAGCGCCGAUGGCCGACACGUGCGAAACGAUGCCGUUCGCGCAGCGGAAUGAGGGAUAACUGGGUCGAACGGACAAAUUGAUGCGCCCUACAUUGAACGCCACUUCACGAAGACGCUACAUUCAUAGGAGUAUGUUGUGCGUCGUGCAUCCAAAAGCACAACUAGAUAGUUCCUUGUUGGUAAGUUUCUCAAUGAUCUCCAUUACACUGAGUUACUCACAUUCUCGCAUUGCCUAAAGCACCUCCUUUCUGAUCAAAGAGCUCACGGCGUGGCAUGCACGUACGGAGCCGUCAGCUCUGACAGCUUCAGCGUCUGCUGGCCAUCUUCAUUGAAGUUGCUCGGCGCUAGCCAACGCUCAAACGCACCCUUUAGGCCCCUGUUCCAGUCCCCGUCAAUUAUCGAGAACCACGACGUAUCGCGGUUGCGCCCCUUGUACACGAUCAAUUGGCGGAACGUGCCCUCGUACGUGAACCCGAGGCGAACAGCAGCACCGCGUGACGGCAUGUUGUAGCUGUCGCACUUCCACUCGUAGCGACGAUAGCCGAGUCGGAACGCGUUGGCGGCGAGCAGGUACAUGGCUUCGGUAGCCGCGCGGGUCUUCGCCAAUCGAGGCGAGUAGAAGAUGUGGCCAACUUCAACGAUGCCAUGGCUUGGCACGAUGCGCAGGUAGGAGGUGAAACCUACAGCGCUGUCAUCUACGAUGAUGGCGUAGAAUUGCGGAUCGUU